AUGGCCGAAAUGGAUGGUACUUCAAGAAAUCAUAAAAAGGUAACGCAAAAUCCGUAGUUAUGUAUAUUAGACAAUUAUUAUGGUUAUUGUUUUAAUAUUUUCAGGACGAUAUAAUGCGAAUCAGAAAUUAUACAUUUCCUAGUAUACUAAUGGAAAUAUUGGAAAUAGACCGAUACAUAGUAAACUGUCAUGAUGCAGUAUGUACCCAGUUAUAAUAUGAUUAACUUAUGAGUCACUUUUGAAUGUUGGUUAUUAUAAAUAAUGUUGUAUUCUUGUUGUUGUAGAUUUUGGAAAACCCCAGUAAUGUUAUGGACAUAAAUAUCGCCAAUAUGUUAGAUGAUUAUAUUGUUUAUAAUUUUUUACAAGGGAUGGUGAAGGGGUAAUAAUUUUAAUUAUAAUUAUAAUUUAUACAAGUAUUUAUGUACACCUUUGAUAAUGUAUUGUAAAAGAUUUAUUUUGAUCGUUACAAUAAAAGCUUUCGGGCGGUUUGAUAAAAAAAAAAAAAAAAAAAAAAAAAAUUAUAAUUUACAUUCGUGUAAACUAAUUUAAAUCAUGUACUUUGAUAUCGUUAUAGAAGAAAGAGUGUAGAGUUUGCAAUGGAUUUACUUCGGGUAUUUAAUUUUUACCAAGAGAAGCAGUUGUUGUAUAACAACGAGGUGAAGAGGGAUUUAAUUAACAAGGUAAAUAUCCAAAUAGACACGCGUCGUGUUAUGUGUGUAUAGUGUACAGUAAACUUGUAAUGUAAAACAAUUAUUAUUGUCAUUUAUCUUUGUAGUUUAUGACAUUCAAUUUGUACAUAAGUUCAAUAUACUUAUAGUUCAGUCAUAAAAACGAUCUUUAUCGUAAUUUUAACAAUUUUUUUUCGCGUAUUCUUUUACUUAUUAGUCUUAUUUGUCAUGAUUUCGUAAUUAAAUUAAACAAGACGAUGAAAUAUGAAAUUAAUUUAGUAUUCAUGUUUAUACUAAUUAAUUAAUUAAUAAAGCAAAUAUAAUUACUUUUGAUAUCUUCUUAUAUAUUUUAUAAAAAAAGGCAAUGGUUGUGGGUUUAUAGAAUCAAAAACUAUUCGACUGUUUGCGUUGAAAAUUCCACGGCUUUUUUAUUAUUACUUCUAGUAGUGUUUGAGUGAUUGGAAUGGGAAAUCCAACCUCCAAAGUGAGACGCAAACAGAAAAUUUCUCCUUAAAAUACGAAAAUCUAGUUUUUUUCUUUUCUUAAUUUUGAUACCAAUUGGUUGUAUGGAGAAAAAAUGUUUAUUCUUUAAUUAUAGUCAAUAAUAUUGUUUUCAUGGGGGGAUGUGUCUUAAAUAUAAUAAUAAGUACUUACUAAUUUUACUUUAUAAUUUUUCUAGGCCCGAAAUGAUUUCUCUAGAAUGGAUAAAAAUGUGUUUGCGAAACAAUUUUGGGUCUUCAAAAUAUUCACACCGUAUACGAUUGACUAUAAAAAGAUUUGGUGUAGUUAUAUAUUUGCUCCCAGAUAUUUGUUAAGACUAUUUGGUAUGCAUAACAAUACAGAUAAAUAUUUUUUUUUUUAAAUUUUUACUCCACGCUUGACAUUUAAAACAAAUGCUUGUUGAUUUUUAAAUAUACGGUGCUAACUAGGUAGGUAUUACACCCAUCACACUGUGCUUUCAUCACUUCUCAUUGGCAGAGCUAUACGUAUACCUAUAAUAUAUUUAUCUCUAUAUGUGUCUAUAAAAGACAAUUCAAAUCGAGUGGGAAUUCAACUUUGAGAAUACUUUAUUUUAUUUAUCAUCGGGGUAUUAUUAACCAGCGGUGUUCCCCCCCACAGGGUAUAUUACAUAAUAUUAUACGCCGUAUACUCUCAACAUUUUGAUGGAAUAUCAUGGAUUUACUCUCAAAUAGAUAAAACAAAAUUCGUCAUGAUUUAUAACGCCACUAAAACCGUAGAUAAAGGGGUAAAUGUUUACACAGCUUUUACAUUUGGUAAUUGUUGUCGUUAGAGCUGUUUUAGUACGUAGUACAAAAUGUUACCUAUCUAUUUCAGUCGGUCGUAAAUACUAGAAAUUUCGCAAUGUUCUUAUAAUUUAUAUUGUUAUUAUUUUUUUUUUUAAAUUUGGAUUAUUUCAAUUUUUGUACAGUUGACAUAUAUUUUCCUAUGAAUAGUAUAGAGUUUUGUUUUGUUUAUAUCUGCAACUGUCUCAAAAGUCUGUCUGGCGUUCAUUUUGAAACUGAGAGAAAAAAAAAAGAAGAAAAACCACCAUCGUUGUAAACCCGUUUUACUUUGGUUACAUUUAGAAUAUAAAAUGCUCAAUAUUUCUACAGAAAAUUCAAUACCCAGUAAAGCGCUUAUUGGCUUCAUUGUUUUAUACCACCAUGUUAAGAACAACAAUUACAAUAAUUUACCGCAUACCCGUUAUUAUAAGUUCUGUAAUUUUAUAUCGGGUACCUACCUACUCCAAGCAUUUAUAAUCAAUAUAAUAAUUUGAUUUUCAGAAUAUUUACCUCUGUACUAUGUAUCGGUACCCCGAACUUGGAAAAAAAAAAUUAACAUGAAAUUAUUUUGUGAUUUUUACUUGGAUUUUUUUACGUAAGUACCUAGAUGUAUAACAUUUUUAAUUAUAUUUUUACGUUUCAUCAUCAUAUUAUGUACAAACAAGUGACGGUGAAUUAUUAAGGUCUGCAGGCCCUUAAAUCCUCGAGAAUUUCCUUUGAAAUUUUUCGAACGAUUAACUAGAGUACCCAUCUAUAAUAGUCGUAGUUUAUUAAUAUAUUCAAAAAUAUGUACAUCGUUUAUUUUAUGUAAAAAGUUUAAAUAUUAAUAUACUUAUUGUGUUUUUUUAGAUUUAUCAUCGAACGCCGUAAAUUGUAUUUUUUGGAAUUUUAUCCAGCUGUACAGUUCGUCGACCUAAGCUGUAAUAACGAUCAGUUAUAGAAUAAUUUUUACUGGCUAUAGUUUUAAAUACGCAUUAAUAUACGCAAUAGUAUACUAAAUCAUAAUCUAUUAUUUUUAAUGACAUUUUUGUAUUAUUGUUGGCAUAGUUUUUGGGUUGUAACGCCCCGGUGUUUUAUUAUUUAUACGACCCAAAAGACUUUGCAAACAUGUUUAAUAAUAUUUAUAUGCUCCAUUUUUUAAUAAUUUGUACACAAAUUUAUAAUAAUAAAAACGUGCGUUUCAUCAUUAUUAUUAUUGUUUUUGAAAUACUGUGCACCAAAACAAAAUCCUAGUCCCGCCACUGCGGUCUUUUUUUUCCCGAUAUCUCACGGUUACUGUUACACCGGUUUCGUUAUGACGCGCAAGGCGUUCAACAUUAACUCGAUGCGAUUGAAAGUGAUCCGGUUUGUCAUACAUUUAGAGCGAUAAGCCGGGAUAAAAUAGGCAUACUUCUGGUAGUUCAAUAUUUCUGUUUUGAAAAAAAAAUUCCACUCGGUAAACUUCUCGUGUAUACGUUUUGUAGGGAAAAUAUUUAUUUAUUUAUUUUUUUUUUUUUGCAACACCGUUUAUUAAGUAAGGGUUUAUUUUGAGAACAACAGGUAAACCUGUCUAUAGAAAAUCCGAAUGUCAGAUUAAAUGACGGAUGGAUUUUAAAAAUCCAAAUCCGUAUCAAAAAUGUUUAACGUUCUCAAAAUCCAAUCUCCAAAAUGUAAACGACAGCGAACAAAUUAAAUAGCAUCAAUAAACGUACAAUACACAUGUAGUACGAAUUAAGUAGAAAUUAACAUUGAAUAACGGACUGAAAUGUAUGUAUUCUAUUGCAAGCGUAAAUUAAUAUUAUUAAAUAGUCGACAAUUUAUGUUCCAAACGACGGGAUUGUUUUACGAAAUAAAAUAAUAGUUGCCGGUUGGUUAAAAAAAAAAAAAAAAAAAUAUGCAACAAACUAAUACAACGUUGUACUAUAGAUUUUAAUGUUUUAUUCGCCAAACACAAAUCCCGUACGAUUUUAGAUCAGUGUACAGUCGGUAGCAUCACAGAAGAUGCUAUACGAUGUUCCCGAUCAAGAUAAACGUUUUUGGUGGCCGAUCCACAACCGUGAUCCCGGCGCUCAGCUGUUUCCUAGAGGGUUUUGA